GUGAAGAUUAUGACAUUGGUUUAGCUAUCGCGAUUUUACAAGGACUUAGGGAAAGAACAAUUCCUGAUACACCCGAAGAUUAUGUAAUCAUUUAUACUGGAUGCUGGGAUAACGAGCCAGAUAAUCGUCCAUCAAUGAGUCAAGUAGUCGAUAAGUUAAAUGCAAUUAUUACGAUAACCAGCAUAAAAGAAAAUAGUCUAACGAAUAAAUAUGAACCAAACCUUCAACAUUCGAAUAACAUCGAUGCUGAUUCUGUAUUGAAAUGUGAACCUCAAGGCAGGUAG